CCCCGCCCUCACAGAGACAGUAUUAACAGUGCAGCGGGACACGGAGACUGACGCUGAAGCUAAAGCAGUAUAAACUGUUUAUAUAGCGCAUUUCGGACGAAGUGUUGUGCGUGAAUGCCAAAAAAACCACAACCAUACAGGCCAGUCUGUUGAGUGGUGACAAUAAAUGGGUUAUUCCCAGAAAGUUAUUGCAUCUUCGUUUUCGUCUCUAAUCGGACAGUCUUUGGUGGGUCAGCACCCUGAGCUGGCAACUUGUCUUAUUGUCAGACAUCAUAAGGAGAGAGAAUAAGGAUCUCCGCAAAGUCCUGCAAAUGUUACAGCAGGAAAGGGGCACAGCUCAGAGCUCAAAUGACCAAUAUGCAAAGGAGCUUUCUCAGCUUAAGCAGCAAAUGAGGCAGCUGCAAAUUCAGAUGGAGCAUCAACGUCCUGAAAGUCAGCCCCUUUCACCUGCCACCCCUACGAGGCAGUAUAGCUCCAGUCGUCCUAUACCUGCACCACGCUUCCAGCCACAAGCACGUUAUGAUAAACCACGCUUCAGACCUGUACCAGCUCCGCGCUUCAAACCGCAAAAGGAGUAUCAGACUGAGGACAAGCUUCAAAGUCCUCCACACCACCCAACUCCAGCAUCGACCUCCAAUAUUAAACAGAGCUCUUCUUACCACUUUAGGCCACAAGGGGUUAAGAGAUCAGAGGCACAUUACUCCCACAGACAAGAAUACUUAAAUCCUCCAUACUGGGUCUCUCAAGAUACCGCAAAGCAUCCACAAAUGCCAUGCCGGUCACUUACGCCAUCACCUCCCCCUGAAAUAGAACUGAUGUAUCGAGGUCCAACCCCUACGAUCCCUGACUUCAUACAUCCAAACCCAAGAGAGUUCUCGCGACUAAAAAUUGCACUGGAAAAUAUCCUCCCAGCUAAUGCGACAGAAAGAUUCAAAUUCCAGAUACUGAUGGACCAUCUGAAAUUAGAGGAGGCUCUGCUAAUUGCUGACUCAUACUGCCAUUCGCAACACCCUUACACAAGGACAAUGGCUGCUUUAGAUCAGCAGUUUGGUCAGCCACAUCAACUAGCUCUACAACGGAUUGCAGAGUUAAUGGAUGGCACAAAUAUAGCUAGUGGAGACCAGAAGGCCUUUAGACUUUUUGCUCUCAAGGUCCGUUCUCUGGUUGGCAUGCUGGAACAAUUAGGCAAGACGGGCCAUUUCGAGUUACAUUGUGGGUCUCAUGUGUCUCGGCUGCUUGGGAAGCUUCGCAUGACCUCAGAUCAGGUUUUCGGAGAAUGGCUGGAGUUUGAAAUCCAAGUUCAAGAGGACACUACAAGGUUUGCAAGCAAUCAACAUAAAGGGCCCUUAACACGAACAAGAGAGACUAUCAGAGACUCUAAGCCAGCCGCUAAACGCACCACAAUCUUUCUGAGCACAGAGAAGGCGAUUUCUGAGUCUACACUAUCUGCUUCACCAUCUAAGACUUCUCUAAAACCCUACUGCACCUACUGUGACAACAGUAAGCACUCCCUCAACAACUGUACCAACUUCAAGCUGCUUACUAAAGAUCAAAAACGAAGCUGGGUCAAAGACAACAACAGAUGUUGGCGCUGUGGUAGAACUCAUAAGUCAGCAGAAUGUAACCUAAAAAUGCGAUGCAGACAGUGCAACAGCCGACACCUCAUGGCUCUGCAUGACAUCAGUGCUGGGAAGCCUGAUAAUCCAAAGCCUGUUCACGAUGACACUGCUGAUACCAACACCUGUCUGCUCAACACUAUGAAUGAGAUUCUCCUGAUUCAUAAGCCGCCUACCAGUCGGAAAGUUCUACUUAAAAUCAUCAAAGUGAUUCUCAGAAAUGGAAAGAGGAAAAUGGAUGCAUAUGCAAUUCAGGAUGAUGGAUCUGAGAGAACUAUCCUCCUCCACAAUGCAGCUCAGCAGUUGGGCCUUAAAGGUCAGCCUGAAGACCUUCCCCUUGAACAGUCAGGCAGGAGUUUCAAGUUCUCAGAGGUGCAGCAAUCUCAUUUACAAUCUCCCCAAUGGCUCAGCCCACUAAACAGUAUCGCAUCAAAGGUGCCUUCACUGCUCAACAGCUAA